ACCCAUCUUCCUGUGGAAGGAACUCUUGUCCACGACAAGCCGGAAGCAACAGUUUAACUCGCAGCCACGGCAUCUGGUGCAGCGACACGGAGAGCGGCCGCCACAGUGUCCGGCGCGAUGGCUCUUACUGGCUCCGUGGCUCAUUUGCCAAUAGUGUUUCUUCUGUUAGGUCGAGUCGCCUUCGUCUCUGGAACAGAAGUGCGAGGAGUCACGGGACAGUCGAUCACACUGCCGUGCCGCUAUUGUGUCGGAAAAUAUGGAAAAAGUGAGAUGUGCUGGGCCUGGGGACAGUGUGGUGUUAUGAACUGUGGAGAUGAGCUGAUUGGAACAAAUGGAGACAGAGUAACUUCUGUAACAUCCCAGAGAUAUAGUCUUGGUGGUAGAAUUGCGGCAGGAGAUGUGUCGCUCACUAUAAAUGAUCUACGGAGAGAAGAUAGCGGCUGGUAUUGCUGCCGUGUGGAGAUUCCGGGAUGGUUUAAUGAUCUGAAAACGAAUUUGAAUCUCCGGGUUCCGGACGUGACCAUGUACACAGACAUGUAA